ACAGUUGUACUAUAACCCAUCGCUUUUAUCGUCCAAUAGUUUUAUUCUGUUUAGGUAAAACACUAUCCAAUAAAAAUAAAAAGUGCUUCCUAAUGUAAAAAUUGUCAAAAUCAAAAUACAUUUCCACAACAGUCGAAAUUCUCUUCAUUACUUUUUUAACUCCGAUCCGCCUUAGUCUCUGUCUAAACAAUAUUUGUGUGUACAUUUGCCGCGUACAAAAUGAGUUCGCCGUGUGGCAAGUGCAACAUAUGCCCUUGUGGUACUAAUGGUUCUUGUGGUAAAAAAGGAGGAACACCUCCGCCAGAACCAAUGCAGCAGCAGCAGCAGCAGCAGCAACAACAACCACCUGCAUGUUCGAAUGGUGAUCAUUGUGAUUUUAGACCAUCGAUUAACCAAUCUCAGGCUCCACAGCAGCAGGUGCCCUCUGGUGGUGGAUGUCAGGUAAAUGUCUAUCAACCACCGCCACCAGUUCAGCAAUAUCAACCAACACAAAGGCCCAAUGUGGAGUGCGCUUGCACACAAAAUCGGCAACGGAGUCGCGGAACAGCAGUACAGGCGCCUCUAGCCGAUAACUACACCUGUUCACGGCCGCCGCGUGUGGAAGCACCGCCACCAGAGACACGGUGUAAUUGCCAUGAAAAGCCACAAAAAUUGGAGUGUCAAUGUGCACCACCAGUAGCCCCACCAGUGGCACCACCUAAUCGGUAUGAAGCACAGCCUACUCAUGCAAAUGUAACGUGUGGCCAAGCGACAUACACACAAGGACCCCCACCUUAUGUCAGACGCACCAACGCCAGCCAAUGUGGACACUGUCGCUCGCAAAAAAAAGGUAAAAAGUGCUCCAUACAAUGAUUGUGACCGGUGGCAAGAGAAAAUGCGGAACCAAAUUAAACAGCGUAGUGUGCAUAGAUGUAUAGAUUCUUGGGAAUUACCCAUCUAUUGUAAUUUUUUUGACAUCUAAAUUCACAGUUGUUUAAACAUGUUCUUUAAAUCUGAAACAUCCUUUUCUGGGCAAAAGCAAUAAACCCUUUGUGAUUGGGCAAUUAAAAAGCCAUUUCAUCACAAAA